AUGGCUUUCGAGGAAAAACGAAGGCCUGGGGUGGCUGAAAGAGUGUAUGCCAGUGUGCCUCCGACAGCCGGAGAGAACGGACGCACCAUGACACAGCGGGCCCCCUCUGACGCUCCACGCGCGCGUUUAUACACGCAACUAGAAAGUUACCAACCGAAAUAUCAUACGAUACGUGACAACAGUGAAAGAAAAGUGGAAAGUGAGAGUAAAAAGCGAAGGACUGAAAGGAGAUCCCAUCAGAUAAACACUAGGUAA